CCUAAUCCGCAGGUGCAUAUAGUCCCUUGAGGUGCCACUGCGCGUUCCAGCCGUACUUAUACCUCUCCAGGCCAGCUGCGAUCUUGCGCAGGACUCCCAUCUCUGGACACCUUUCCUCCGCUCGCAGAAACCUCUCAGAUAUGUCCGACUCCGGAAAGUACAUUGUGGUCUUCAAGGACCACGUCUCUGACGCAGAUGUUGAGAAAUACGCGGCAGACGUCGGUGCCAACGGCGGUGAAGUAGGCAAUCGCUUCGGCUCGCUUCUGAAGGGAUUCUCUGCUACCAUCCCCACCUCCUACUUGAACCAGUUGCAGUCGCUUCAGGGCGGCAUCAUCGACUACAUUGAGCCUGACCAGGUCGUCAAGACACAAUGAUCGCUCUGUAGUGCAAGGAGAGAACGAAAUGCAUAUGAAGUGUACUGUGCAUCUGUAAAGAGCUACGCCCGACGACUAGUAACGUGUAACAAUACGAUAUCUUGAUUGGUGUAUAGCUUCGCGUGCAAGCCUCGUCAACAACCACUCUCGCCAUGUCAG